UAGCGCCCACACUCGAUAGAUCGCCCACUCCGCUUUUAUGUUCGAACACGUGUUUCCCUCGAAUACUGAUAGGUCGCCCACCUUCCAAAAAUAGCGAUGCCCGAAGGUUGAGAAAGGUGCCGGAGGGUAGGGGAGAAGGUUUGGAAAGCCUAGGAUUCCCUUCACAAAAAGAAGAGGCCACACACAAUAAGGGAGAUAAGAUAACGGAACGAACCCGGAAAGCGGUCAAGGUCACUUAUUGAAUGACUUCAGGAAAGCGUUGAAGGUCACUUAGUGGUUGUCGUCAGAUCGCCCGAGAACCCCAGAAAAUCUUUCGACCAGCAAACUGUGAAGACGCUUCUUGUGUAUACUCGGGAUGAGGUCCAGCUAUACUAUCCAGAAGAAAGUGGAAGUCGUGGAAUGGCACCGCAAGAACGGAGCUAACGUGAGCAAGACUACGCGCCAUUUCGAAGUUGACCGGAAGCGUGUACGGGAAUGGAAUACGAGCUACCAAGUACUUCUACAACAAUGCCAUGGAACGAAAAAGUUGAAGAGAGCAAUAGGUAGGGGACGACCCGUUUUUAGUGAAGAAAUCGACGACGCACUGAUGGACUUCCUGGAGACUGAGAGAUCCGCCGGUCGAGCAGUCAGAAAUCGCCUGCUUCAAGAGCAUGCGCGGAAACUGGCAGAACAGAUGGGCCUAGGAAACUUCCAAGCGUCAUGCCAGUACAUAGCUAACUGGAAGAAGCGAUUUAAUGUGUCUAUGCGGGUGGGGACCAACGAAAGUCAGAAGCUGCCUGCCGACUACGUUGAAGCAAUUACGGUGUUCCGAAAGGCUGUGUCAACUCUGCGCCUGGAGCACAACUACUCGGACUACAACAUAGCCAACAUGGAUCAGACUAUGGUCCGGAUGGAUUGCCCUGCUGCGAGAACCAACAAUGCUGUCGGCGAGUCGAGUAUUCGCAUCGCCAACACCGGCUGUGCUCGGCGAGGGAUGACGGUGGCCUUGCGCGCGACGGCAGCGGGCAUCAAGCUACCUGCUUUGAUCGCACUGAAGGAGCCAACCGGCCGGAUUCCCCCCAGAGUACUCUUUUCUCUAAGGAUUCCAGGUAUGUUGUAAUUAAUCACCAUUCAGGGUAUAAAUGUCGAAACAAAGCCUUAGAAAUACGUAAAAAUAAGGCUGACAGCAUUUUUUUUUUUUAAAUAGAGCGACUGUUGCGUCAAGAGGUUGUGGACUUCGUGGCUCAGGCGUGGGCCUGCGUCUCCGAGGAUACCGUGCGGAGUUCGUUCAAACGGUGCGGA